UAAUUCUCGAGAUUCUAUUGUGAAUUUCAAUAUUAAAUGUGUGUUUUCAUACUGUGUUAUCGUUUUUUAUCGAGUAACAUUUCUUAAGUGUACACUGUUAGAUAACACUAGUGACAAUUGGAUGAUUGAAAAAUGAUACCGGAUAAUGUUACGUUGAUUGUGAAGGCGCCGAACCAACAAAUUGCGGACCAGAACAUUGAGUGUCAAUCAUCAUGGACUGUUGGCCAGUUGAAGGGACAUCUUUCAGAGGUGUAUCCGAAUAAACCGAGAACAGAUGAACAAAAGAUUAUAUACUCAGGCCAACUGCUAGAAGACAAAACGGUACUGAAGGACGUACUCCGAACGUAUGAGAGCCAGAUAGCUCAUACUAUGCACUUGGUGUGCACACCAAAAAGAAAAAUGACAGAACCUGAACAGCCAGGACAAAGCACCGAAGGUAUAAGGCGCAGGAUCGUGCCAGAGACUAGAGAGAACACAGAAAGACCAGUGGAGACUGUGCCCCGACCAGAGACAAGGCAGAACGACCAGAAUCACACGGUUGAGAUGCAGAACUACCUCAGUUCGUUUGUAAAUAAUUAUGGUAGAGUGCCCCCGUACCCUAAUUACAACUUUGGGGAGUACCUACCAGUGCCUAAUGACCCGGCGUCGCUCGCUAACCACAUGAUGAUGAUGCAGCAGGCGUAUGUGCAGUAUAUGCAACAGUAUGCCAACAUGUGGCAAGCCACCCAGGCAGUCCCACCGGCGCCAGUCCCCGAAGCACCCCCGCAGCCCCCGCAACACCCCCAGCCCCCGCAGCACCCUCAGCCGCAAGAGGAGCCCGAGGACGCGCUGGCGGCUCGCGACUGGCUGGACAACUUGUACGCAGCCUCCCGACUGGCGAUACUCUUCUCCCUGGUAUACCUGUAUGGUAGCCCGGCCAGGUUGCUACUGGUUUUGCUAUUGGCAGCCGCUGGAUAUCUCCACCAAAUCGGCUUCUUCCGAGAUCUGUACCUCAACCAAGCCGAAAACCGCCGCAACGAGCCGGUACCAGCCAAUCGAGCUGACACCCCUCCCCAGGAGGAAGGGGCUCCCGUGCAGGGGGCUGCGGAGGCUCCCCCACAAGAGGCGGUAGUAGAACCCCCUCAGGGAGCAGCAGGGGAGCCCCCUCAGGCAGGAGCUGCCCCCGCGACUCCACCGCAGGCGGCACCUGUACCAGACAAUGGUAAUCAGUCGUUACUAGCCGUGACUUGGAUGAUAUUUACCUCGUUCUUCGCGUCGCUGAUACCGGAUACAAAUUAAAAGUAGGUUUAAAAAAAGCCCAGUUCAGUUUGAAGUGCAGACUUUGUCUUUUUAAGGCUUUGCCACAUU